ACAGUUCGAACUGUAAAUGGAGGGAGGCUACUAUGUACCUGACAGGCCUAGCACUCUUGUCGACAGUAAAAUUACUUUAGUCCGUUUCAAGAUCUUUUCGCGAAUAUCGAGUGUGUUUGACAAAUGAGGAAUACAUUAUUAAAAAAAAAAAGUGUGCGUGAAUAAACGUAGAUGAGACUUCUAGAAAAAAAGCCGGUAAACAUGCGGUAAAGAAGAGAAUAAUAGUGUGAUUAUAAUUUUCAAGUGACAUUGUGAAAGCAUAAAAAUAAAAAUUGUAAUCAUGCCAGAGGAAAUUAAACCUGUUAAUAAUAAUGUCAGUAAUGGAAAUAUCAAGAGUGUGAUUAUUUCAAAUUCAACAGGUUUCAAGGAUCGAGACGUCGAGAGAGGGGAGGUCGAUUCAAGAGGGGGCAAUCCCCAUUCGACGUCGGCAUCGGCGGCGUCGGUCAGGGAGCAAACAUCAGCACCUGGAGGGCCGCGCGGCACACGUGGCAUUCAACUUAGUCGGAGCCAACAACGUUGGAGUGCAGUUUGUUGUAUUUUGCAACGAGUCGUGAUGGCCACGCUGCUCUUGGGGGCCGGAUUGGCUAUUCUCGCAGCACUAUGGAUUUAUAUGGGCCCAAUUUUUAUCAUACAACUUGUUCUCGUUGUUCUUGUUGCAUAUUUUGUAUCGGGAGGAAGACUCAGGUGGUUCUAUGUGGCCUUAAAAACUGCCCCUCGUGACAUUAAAGCUGUUAGCCGAUACGUCAAACUUCUUUGGCUAAUUCGUGGACACGACAAAAAAAAUAGAACAGUAGCUGAUGUUUUUCGCCAAAAUGUCGAGCGUCAUCCUAAUAAAGUGUGUUUGAUAUUCGAAGACCAAGAAUGGACUUUUCAACAAGUGGAGGAGUUUAGUAAUAAAGUAGCAUCGACAUUCAAAAAUCAUGGAUACCGGAAAGGCGACACAGUGGCGUUAUUUUUGGAAAAUCGGCCAGAAUAUGUGGGAAUUUGGCUUGGACUUAGCAAACUUGGAAUUAUUACACCGCUGAUAAAUACAAAUUUAAAAAAAGUUUCCCUAUUACACAGCAUUAACACCGCGAAAUGUCAAGCCUUAAUUUAUGGUUCGGACUUGGCAGAUGCUGUUACGGACAUUGCAUCUUCUUUGGACGCAAAACUUGCUCUCUACAGAUUCGACGAGAAACCAGGACUACAAUCAAAUGGUUUAAAGGAGAAAGAUCUCACUGCCUUUUUAGCAGAUGCUCCUACAGUCCCUCCAGUUAUUCAAGAAAAACCAUGCUAUCACGAUAAAAUUUUGUACAUUUAUACCAGUGGCACAACUGGACUUCCUAAAGCAGCUGUAAUUACAAAUUCAAGAUUUAUAUUUAUUGCGAGUGCUAUUCACUAUUUAGUGGCUUUUCGAAGUUCUGAUAGAUUUUAUACUCCAUUACCUCUAUAUCACACUGCGGGUGGUAUUAUGUCAAUAGGACAGUCUCUUCUGCAUGGAGGAACAACAAUAAUUAGAAAAAAAUUUUCAGCCAGUGCAUAUUUCAGUGAUUGCGUGAAAUAUAAAUGCACGGUUUCUCAAUAUAUCGGUGAAAUGUGUCGAUAUAUUUUAGCAGUUCCCCCAAAGCCCGAAGACACACAACACCAAAUUCGAACAAUUUUUGGAAAUGGUUUAAGACCCCAAAUAUGGCGAGAAUUUGUCGAUCGAUUUAAAAUUCCUCAAGUUGCCGAAUUUUACGGCGCUACUGAGGGAAACGCAAAUAUCGUUAACGUGGACAAUACUGUUGGUGCAAUUGGCUUCGUAUCGCGUAUAAUUCCGGCUGUGUAUCCAAUUUCGAUAAUUAAAGUUGACGCCGAUGGGGAGCCUGUCAGAAAUUCAAAAGGACUCUGUCAAGUUUGCAAGCCAAACGAACCCGGUGUGUUCAUUGGAAAAAUAACUAGUAAUCCAUCCAGAGCGUUUCUGGGAUAUGUAGAUCAAAAAGCAUCCGAGAGUAAAGUAGUUCACAAUGUAUUCACAAAAGGAGACUCUGCCUUUUUAUCCGGUGAUAUUAUCGAAGCAGAUGAAUUUGGCUAUUUAUUUUUCAAAGAUAGAACUGGAGAUACAUUUCGUUGGAAAGGGGAAAAUGUAUCGACGUCAGAAAUUGAGGCAAUUGUCAGCAAUCACAUUAAUUACAGAGAUUGUAUUGUAUAUGGUGUUGAGAUUCGAGGGGCAGAAGGCAGAGCUGGAAUGGCUGCAAUUUACGAUGAAAAUGGGAGUUUAGACAUAAAACGUUUGUCUUCUGACAUUAAAGAACAUUUACCGAGUUACGCAAGGCCGCAAUUUGUUAGAAUAUUAACGAAAAUUGAUUUAACAGGAACAUUUAAAUUAAAAAAGAAGGACCUCCAAGAAGACGGUUACGACAUCAAGAGGAUAAAAGACAAAAUUUAUUACUUAGAUCCAAAGGAAGGCUAUCAAUUAGUAACAUCAGAAAUUUUCGAUUUGAUUCAACAGGGCAAAAUUCGAUUUUGAUUUAGAAAGAGAAAAAAAAUUCCAAACUGAAUUAUGAAAAUAAUUUCAACAAAGAAUUGCUGAAAUUCUACGUCUUCAAAAUUAACCUAAAUCAUAAUGCAAAAACUGUGAAAAGUUGUGCAUUUAAAUUUUAAUUACGAAACAUCUAGAAAAAAUAGAUGAGGAAUCAACGAGAAAAAGAAAAAUUAAAAAAACACUUUUUUCAAGACCUAAAUCCACUAAUGCUUCGAACGAAAUUUCACCAAUGGACAAAGAAAUUCCAGUGUAAAAAUACAGCUCAAGAUGAUUUUUUUCAAAUUGAAAAUUGAAAUUUAAAAAUUUCACAAAAAUACAUAAAUAUAUACAAUCUAUGAGUGAAAUUCAAAGACUGCUUUCAAUUCUAUAUAAUGAAUAUAUAGAGAAUCAAACGACAAAAGAGAAGAAAUGCCUGUGAAUUGCCCUUUUUCGAAAAAUCUUCCACGAGAUGUUAAAAUAUUAAAUUUUAACUUAAGGAAGAAACAAUACUUUGUAAAUACGAAUGUGCUUUAUAUACUAUUUUCAAUUUUGAGAAAUGUGAGCAAAAGGUUUUUAUCAAAUUUAGAAUUAAAUAGAAAAUUAAUAAUUAUAAACAGACAAUUAAACAUAUAAUGUAACAUAUAAAAAGAA